GCUCCCGUAUUAGGGAUAGCAAGGUGCGAGAUUGAAAAGCAAAACGCGGAGUAUAGGCACUGCUGAACGGACGAACCGAAACUAGUACCUGUUAGCGUUUUCGUCUGAAACAAAAGACGGUUUUGUUCAUUACUGAAGGGGAUUACAGCACAUAUGUUGGAUUCACAGUGUUUAUGAGUUGUUUUUAAUGGUCCGCGUCAAGGUAGCUCUUUAGAAGCUGAAAUGCAACAUAUCUCGAGUCACUAUCCUCACCACGACGCGUGGGAAACGUGAGAGAAAUUGGUGUUUUUCCACAAUCAGGUUCAGAGUGCAGUAGUGUUGCGUGAGCGAAGGCUUUUAGAAAGCCAGUUGUUGAGUCUUCCUUGCGGUGCGUUAGAGGAAAUGUUUGACGUACCACAGAGGCAUCGAUUUUCGCAUGUGCGGACCACGGGAUUCCUUGUUAAAACCGUGGCAGAACCUGUCUAAUUCCUCUGGACGAAGCGACUACAAGACUUCCCUCUAUUGUCCUCAGUUAAGGUAGUCUGGGGCAAAAAGGUCAUCAGGUAUAUGGCCAUGCCCUUCUACCACAUCCUGUUGCCAAGGGGUGCGCUUGCCGUGGGGUAGAGUGUUGGCGUGGAUUGCAAGCUACCGUGACGACAUGGUGUGUAGUGAACGGAGCUCAGGUACUUCUGUGCCCAAGAAGGAGCCCCAAAGUCGGCGGAAGAGGAAGUCCCGCCCACAGGGCCUGCCCUCACCAGCGCUGUGCUGUGCCUGCGGCCUCUGCAUCAUGUUGGCAGGCAUCAACAUCACCCUGGUGGGUGCAUUCGCCUUCAGCACACUCAUGCCCUCUAGCAACCCGCCCAUCAUUAUCGGUCCUGCCCUGCUACUAGUGGCCUUCACCUUCUUCGGGGCAUGUUGUGUCUGCAGCCGCCUGCCCCCUCCACAGAGCUCCCGACGGGCAAAAGGUGGUGGGGCCGGCGGCCUGGGAUUCAUGGGUAGGGGAGGGUCUGGGCUGGGAAGUGGGACCGCAUUUGAGAUUGAGACCAGUGAGCACACGAUGCAGGACACUACAGCAGUGCAGCUGAGCCCCACCAACUCUCCCAGCUCUUCCCAUGGCUCCAGCCCAGAGCGGGAGGCUCCACCCCCAGCUGUAAACACCACUGCCCCUGCCCCAGACUACACCCCCCCAGGAGGCUGCAAACUCUUCACCAUGGAGGCUAACGGACCUAACACAGUGGGUGCCACUUUCUCCACCUCCACAGGGGAUGGGGCAGCAGUCAGGCUCACAUUGCCCUCCGACGGGGCAGCCACCUGGGAUACCCAACCUCCACUGUGAAGAUGUAAAUAAAAUGUUUUGAAAUUGGAAGGCGACACUUUUGCAUGUAGCCAUUUUAUGGCAUAUAGGGCAUUUCUGGAGGCACAUAUGCGCAGUGUCAACUCGGAGCACACUGCUAUGGGGAGGGCCAUGCGGUUCUAGGAGCAUGGCAUGUGAAGUGUAUGAAGGGGCUUUGAAUGUCCUUGCGCACUGGAGCCCAAAUGGAGGAGGUGAAUCACUCUCGUGUUUCACAUGUUCGCGAUGUGCCACUGUUACGCAGACUAUUCACAGCUAUGGUGCUUGCAAGGGCCCAGAAUCUGCUGUUGUGUAAAGACAACCCUGGACAAGAAUCAAGAUGAGCUGCAGCAAUGGGGGAGACAAAGAGAAACACAGUAGUGAGCCUGUCGAUGGGUCAUUACACAGACUGAAAGCAAACUUGCGGCAUCCCACGU